GCUAGCUACUCAUCUUCUCUGCUACUAUAUACUAAGCUUAGCUAAGCUAAGCUAGCUAGCUCUUCGUUCGUUCGAUUGAUCGAUCUCUUGUAAUGGCGGGAAGAGGCAGUGCUGUGGCGGUCGGGGUGGUGGUGCUCCUCGGCGUGCUCCUCCACGGCGAGGUGGCGGAGUCGGCGGUGUUCACCGUAGGCGACCGCGGCGGCUGGGGCAUGGGCGCCGGGUCCUGGGCCAGCGGCAAGCGGUUCAAGGCCGGGGACGUGCUGGUGUUCAAGUACGACUCGUCGGCGCACAACGUGGUGGCGGUGGACGCCGCCGGGUACAAGGGCUGCACCGCCCCGCGCGGCGCCAGGGUGUUCAAGUCCGGCAGCGACCGCGUCACGCUCGCCCGCGGCACCAACUACUUCAUCUGCAACUUCCCCGGCCACUGCCAGGCCGGCAUGAAGAUCGCCGUCACCGCCGCCUAGUGCACUGUGCACCUCUUCGUCGUCGUCUCCAUCGUCGGCGGCGUAUAUAUAUAUAUAUACAAGUUUGUCGUGUGUGUUCUAAUUGACCAGCUGAUAAUUUUCGUACGAUCCAGUGCAGACGGAUCAACAGUAUGUACCUACGGUUAUCGAGUGAUAAAUUUGUCCGGCAAAAUUUCUACGAAUACAUAUACAAUUAUACAUGCAUACAAAUAAAUUAAAGCCGUAUAUAUUGUCCUGUGCCCUUUGGGGUAUGUUCAAGUGUCAUAUUGAUGAAUAUAUACUUUUUU